AUGUCCAUCAUCUUGCCUGACUGGGUGGCUCAUCACAAUGAUGACAAGAAGGGCAAGCUCUCCACCAUCUUCAGUGUCGCCGUUCAUCCCGACUCGAGUCGCCUUGCUACUGCAGGUCUGGAUACCAAGAUCCGCAUUUGGGCAACGGCUACCAUCCUCAAUCCAAGAGCCGAAAAUAACUCCAACUCACAUCGUCUCCUCUCCACUCUCUCAAGACAUACCGGCAGCGUUCUCGUAGUGCGAUGGGCAAAUUCUGGCCGAUUUCUUGCUUCUGGCUCCGACGAUACCGUGGCUCUCAUUUGGGAUCUGGAUCCGAGCGGCAUGGGUGGCGGUAGCUUUGGUUCCAGCGAGGUCAACAUCGAAAGCUGGAGGCCGUACCGUCGUCUCGCAGGUCAUGAAUCCGAUGUCGUGGAUCUGGCUUGGGCCGAUGAUGACGAAUUCAUUGCCACCGUCGGUCUCGACUCCAAGGUCAUUGUCUGGUCCGGCACCCACUUCGACAGGCUACGCAUCAUCGACGGUCAUCAGGGUUUUGUCAAGGGUGUCGUCUUUGAUCCAUUAGGUCAGUACCUCGCGACGGCCUCCGAUGACAAGACAGUCAAGGUGUGGCGCACAUCCGAUUGGGGCCUCGAACGCUCCAUCACAGACCCGUUCCUCACCAGUCCUUCUACCGCCUUUUUUCGCCGUCCAAGCUGGUCGCCCGACGGUAGCUUGCUGCUCUGUGCCAACGCCAUGAGCGGACCCGUCUUUGUAGCCAGCGUCGUCAAGAGGUCUAGCUGGAGCAGCGAUAUUUACUUUGUCGGCCACGAAAACGCCGUCGUGGUCACCGCUUUCAGCCCCAAGAUCUUUGUAGGCUUUGACGGCGGUACCCAUUCUUGCGUCGUCGCUUUGGGCUCGCUCGACCAGUCCGUCUCCAUCUGGGUCACCGGCCUCGAGCAGCCCGUUCUAGUGGCCAGGGACGUCUUUGAGCGUCAAGUCAUGGACCUCUCUUGGUCCGCCGAUGGCUACACGCUCUACGCCUGUUCCUCGGACGGUACCGUGGCUGUCUUCCACCUCUCCCCUGAGCUCAUCUCUGAUGCGCUCAGUGCCGAGAAGCUCGAGCAAUCACGUGCAAAGCAUGGUGUCAAACGCGUUCGAAAUGUCGCUGCCGCCACUAAUGGAGCAUUACCAAUCGGAACCUCAGAUCGACCCAACAUGCUUCAGCCACGCAAAGCAGGUCAAUCACAAGCAGCCAGAGCAUCAGUGCCGCCCGUGCCCAUCGCCGGUUCUGUGCCUCCCGUCCGUCCCAUAGCAUCCAGGACAGAACGUCUGCAUCAGACCAUCACCAUUACUAAGGACGGAAAGCGUCGCAUACGACCUACCCUCAUUGGCGAUGACUUGGAACCGUCGCAGGCAGUUUCUCAUCACCAUGCUUAUCAGCCAGCACCAACGUCACAUGCCUUGAUGCCAUCCAUCCAGCAGCACCAACUGCCAGCUAUGCGCGAGGCGAUUGGUGGAACCACGGUUGAUGGGUUUGGAGCUCGCCCCGGUGUCAACGGCAUCCAUGCAGGCAUGACAAAUAGCGUCUCCGAUGGCACAGCAGCAGCGGUAGUUGAGGCGGUCCUUGCUGCGCAGCGUUCGAACCCUGCUGCAAUGACCACGCCUAUGGCUGCUGCCUCAUCGAUGAUGCCCUACGUACCUAUCGGCCUACCAUUCGGAAUCAUGCCCGAGGGCGCCAGUCCUGAAGAUAUGAUGCAAUUCUGGACCGAGUUUCAGCAGCGCUUCAUGCGUGGCAAGAAGCGUAAAGCGGAAGACGCCGAGGCGGGAAGCGACUCGGACGACAUCGAGCCCAUUGGCAAACUGCAGAAAGGCAAGACGAGGGCCGACAUCGGUCGCACGCUGGGAAGCGAACACCCUCGCGACCCACCCGGUCCCAAAAAGGUCCUGAGGGAAGCUCUGACCGGCGCUAGCGGCAUCGUCGAGAAUGGCGUCCGCAAAGGUGUUCAUCUGGCUGUACCCGAGACACUGAGCAUCUAUCGGCGUGACGAGGACGGCUUGUCGAUCGAGAUCCGCAACUUUGACGAAUCGCGACCUACCGAGAUCGCAAGGCUCGAUCCCUCGGACAAGGAUCGUGUACUGUGGCUCGAUUUCAGUCCGACAGCGGCGACGCUGGCCACGGCCACCUCAUUUUUUUCGGCAGUGGCAUUGGAAGAUUCCACGGUGCUGAUCUAUUCGUCGCGCGGAGGAAGAAUUGGCAAUCUGCUGCUCGACUCGGCCUGCUAUCGAUUGGAAAGCAACGGGGUUGUUCUGAUGGCAGUGACUGUGGCUGGACUCAUGUACCGCUGGAACAUCCGUGCAGACCACGAGAUCCAUCGUCCAGUGUCGGUGCUCAAUCUACUCGGCGAUCCCGAGAACCUCUUCUCUAUAACAGUACAUGCCAACGGUGCGCCCAUCGUCAUUCUGCAGAGCGAAAAGGCCUACACGUUUGACGACAAGAAGCUUGGCUGGGUUUGCAUUAGCGAUGGCUGGUGGGCCGAGCAUUCGGAAGCCUGGGAUGGACGAACGCGCAGCCGCGGCAGCGAGGUGUCGGUUCGCGAUCCUGUGCGUGCAAUCGAGGCCGAGAUCAACACGAUGUACGUGCGUCGUGUGCACGGCGACAACCAGGUGGGAGCGCAGGAAGAAUCGGACGACGACCAGACACCGCCAGUCGAGAUGAGUGUUCCCGAAGACAAGAAGUCGGACUUUGUGAUUGCCGUGACGCUACGUCAUCUCGAAGCAAGGAUAUUGGCUGCAACGAUCCUCGAUAGCGCCAACGAGUACAAAAACCAUCUGAUCGCAUAUGCCAAACGUAUUGCUGAAGAAGGCAUCAAGAACCAGGCUGAAGACCUCAUCAAAUCGCUCAUCGGCCCCAUCUACUAUAAGCCCGAAAAGAACCAGGAUGCAGCGUGGCAACCCACGAUCCUUGGAUUUGACAAGCGUCAGCUGUGCGGUCAGGUGCUGCAGAUCUUGGCGAGACCCCGCAACCUGACUUCGCUCGUCCAGCCGUAUCAGGAGAUUCUGGCCAAUAUGAAAGCCUGA